UCGGUUCACCUAAUGAUUCAGUCACUCGGCACAUUCCGAUUUCAUACAAGCAAAUUCGUUAUUGUGCCAUAAAUCAUUUUAAUAAAUCAAAAAUAUUAAUCUCAACUUUUGUGAUUACUUAAAAACUUUUAGUUUUUUAAUUGAUAGUGCUUAUCUUCCUGUUUACCAGAAAGAAAAGAGGAAGAUUGAAAUUUAAGUGUCGUUGAAUGAGGGUUUUUAAGAUAAAUUAAUCCAGUUGGUAAUUAAUUAAAGAGGAAAAUAUCAUGAAGGGUUGGUUUGAUGCCUUUAGAAGUAACGGUGGCCCCACUCUCUACAGUUUUAAUAAUCGAACGGCUGUAACCGGAGAUGUUACCCUUAUUACUUUCUUAUCAAUUUUUGUCACUUUAUACGUAGCGUUUUUAAUCAUUUUUCCAGGAAUACGAAAGCAGAGAUUUACGACAUUUCUCAGCGUUACCUUGAGUUUAUUCACCGGGACAACAAUUUUAGUGUCACUGUUCGGUUCUGAUUGGCACGUGGGCGAAAAUGCAAUCCACGCACAUUAUAGAGCGUUUUCGAAAGAUGAAUUGCGAGCCAAUUUGAAAGUCUUGGUAGGACUCCAACAUGUUAACGUAACACUUAGAGCGGAUAAUUCGAGUGUGGACAUAGAUUUUAACGAAAGAUUUUAUUUUUAUUCUUCAUGCCAAAUGUACGAUAGUUAUAAACAAGCUUUAUUUAAUGGGUUGCCAUAUCCUAUACUUACGGUUGCCGAAUAUUUUUUAACUGGACAAGAAGGGUUAUCUUGGGGCAUACAAUAUCGAACAGCUGGAUAUUUUGCCAUUAUUAUGUUAUGGACAUCAUUUGCUGCUUGGUUAUUAAUGAAUUUAAUGCUAAUAGUCGUCCCGAGAUAUGGCACAAUGUUAAUGAUCUUGUGCGGAAUUUUAUUGGUAUCGACCAACUGGGGUUACAUGAGCUUACUUCCAAAAACCCCGUUAGUUAAUCACAUUGAAAAUAGCACGAUACAAUUCAAUUUUGGUUGGUGUUUUUGGCUAGUUUUCAUCGCAGGUUGUCUUUGUUUAGCCGUUGGAAUUGUAAUCAGCGUAAUAGAACUUUUCUGCCCAAACAGCUUUUCAACAAUCCUCGAAGUCGAUUACGACACCCCAUAUGACCGUCACAUCAUAAUAGAAGAUAGCAAAGGGAAACGAUUUCAAAAGAAACGCAACAGCCAAGGGAAACUUGAAGAAUCUCAAUUUAGUUUGGGUUCGAGGAUUUUAAGAAGAUUAUCAUCAAAAGAUAAAGAUGAUCGAUCGAUCUACGAAAUUUCCGAACCUAAUCACAUAGAAAUGAAGAAUCCAAGAUCACCGUGGCGAUAUUCUUUAGAUCAUGUUGGUUACCCAAUUAACAAUGGGAUGUUUGAAAGGAGUUGUUCCCAUCGUUCUACGUCGACGGCCGAAUCCAAAGAUUUACCACAGCUUCAUAAGCAGCACACAAGAUUAAAUCCGAGUCAAGAUCGAAAUAAUUUUCCCAGCAUGUGGUAACAAAAAAUUCCAAAACGAUUACAUUUUAGUCCAAUUUAAUUAAUUUACCAUUUACGAUUUAAGUGAUUAUAUUUGUGAUAUAGCUUAUUAGAAGCGAGAGAAAUAAUUAACAGCAAGAUAAUAAAUUCUCUUGUUUUUUAUUAUUUUUAAACACCGCUUUUAUCGUUAAUUUAUUAUUUUUUUUGUU